GUCGAACGAUGCCAUGGGACCAUCGAAGCAGCUUCGCAAUAGGUGUUACUAGACAUAUAAAAGGCCGAUGGUGUAUGACUAGCUUCAGCAAUCCGGCACUCAGGUUCAGCAUAACCUCUCUCUCAAUCCCCUAUUCUUAAACCAGCGCCAACAUGUCUCUCUGUUCUCAUUGCGUUCAGGGCGUUCGCCAUGAAGGUACUCCCAAGGGUAAAUUCGAGACUGUCGACAACAUCAAGUGCUACGUAGCCACUCCCUCGGGCGACUACGCGAAGGACAAGGUCUUGCUCUUCCUCACUGAUAUCUUUGGGAUCGCUGGGAGCAACAGCCAACUCCUCGCUGACGAUUUCGCUCGCAACGGAUUCAAGGUCGUUAUGCCCGACUACUUCAACGGAGACGCGGUGCCCGUCGAGGAGAUGGAGAAAGGCACAUUCCCUAUCAUGGAGUGGCUCCCUAAGCAUGGGCCUCCGCAGUCGCGCCCUAAUCUCGACAAGGUUAUCGCCGGGUUGAAGAAACAGGGUGUCAAGACAUUUGCUAGUGUUGGAUACUGCUACGGAGGCCGUCACGCGUUCAACCUCGCCAUCGAGGGCAUCACCAAGGUCACGGUGACAAACCACCCUUCCCUGUUGAAGAACCCUGACGAUCUUGAGGCGUAUUUCGCCAAGUCCAAAGCCCCGCUCCUCAUCAACACGUGCGAGACGGACAACAUGUUCCCAGCCGAGUUCCAAGCCAAGGCCGACGAGGUGUUCGAGGGCAAGUUCGAGCCCGGGUACAAGCGCGAAUACUUUCCCGGCUGCACCCACGGCUUCUCUGUUCGCGGCGACAUGACCGAUCCAAAGGUGAAGGCGGGGAAGGAGGGCGCGUAUAAGGCUGGUGUUGAGUGGCUGAAGAAGUACUUUUGAGUCUCAGGUAUACUUUUAUGGACGAUGUCAGUCUAGGGCUGUAGUGAUUCGUACAAGUGUAACUGGUUACGAGCUCAAAUGUUCAAAGCCUCGGCGGCAUUUCGGAAUGCG